UAAUAAUAUGUAUAAUAAUUUGUAUGCUGUCAAUAGUUUAAUAUCGCUAAUUCAAGUUAAGGUGUUAAAUUGUUGAUUCUAUUGAUCAAUUGAUGUAUCUAUAGUUUAGUUAAAGUAAUAGGAUAAAAUUAAUAGUUUAUAGUUAACAAAAAAACGCUUGUAAAUUUCAUUAAAGUAUUAUAUGGAUAUUUAUUUUAAGUAUUAAGUCAUGGAAGCGUACGAAAGCGUUCUACUUGUUAAAAAUGAAGUAUUCGUUUUUAAAAUACCUCCGAAAACAACGAACAGAGGAUAUCGGGCAGCUGAUUGGAAUCUUCAAGAGCCGCAAUGGACGGGGCGUAUGCGUCUGGUUUCAAAAGGGGACGAGUUGAUAAUGAAAUUGGAGGACAAAACUAGUGGUGAAUUAUUUGCGAAAUGCCCUAUCGACAAGUAUCCGGGAUUAGCACUUGAAGCUGUUACUGAUAGUUCACGUUAUUUCGUGGUCAGAAUACAGGAUGACAAUGGAAGAAGUGCUUACAUUGGCUUAGGUUUCGGGGAUAGAUCAGAUUCUUUUGAUCUCAAUGUGGCUCUUCAAGACCAUUUCAAAUGGCUCCGAAAAGAACAAGAAGGUGAACAAGGACAGCAACAACAACUUGACCUGAGUUUCAAAGAAGGGGAAACUAUAAAGAUAAACAUGAAGAUAACUAAAAAGGAUGGCAGUGAAGGUAGUAGACCACGUCGAGCUGGUGCUUCUAAUGUUGGGGGUCUUUUGCCACCCCCUCCUGGAGGAUCUAAGCUCCCUCCUCCACCAUCACCACAACAUGUGCCAACUCCUAUUGGAGCCCCUGCAGCAUCCAACACUGAGUGGGGUGACUUCAAUUCAGCAAGUGCUCCCAGCCAGCCUCCUAAACCUACAACUCCGGCUAAUCAACAAAAUUGGGUGCAGUUUUAAAUGAAAAAAAAAAAAAUGAAAAAUGUUGAGAUGAUCAUGUCUAUAAUUAUCAAGUGCUGUGUGUGCACAUUACUUAUAAAAAUUACUUAAAUUAUUUAUUAUAACAUAUCCAUCAUAUUAUUCUCUAUAUAAGAUUAUUUUCAUAAAUAUUCAUAAAAGGCCUCUCUAACCAUUUAUGAGUUCAUAAAUAUUGUUGAAGAGCAUACUUUUACUUCGAUUAUAACAAAGGUCAAAUAACUAAAUUUUUAAGUAUAGGCUUAAGAAGUAUGAAACAUUAAGGAUCAAUCUGAAGUAAUAAAAUAAAAAUUAUUAAACAGUAUACUGCCUCUAAAAUUAUAUUAUUUACUUUCAUCUUAUUAUAUUAAUUAUAAUCUUUUUAAGCUUCUAUUUAUUCUUCUGGAAUUUAUUGCUUGAAAGAAUUAAUUAUGAUUAAAAUUACUUAUGAUGACUUGCCUAAUCAAUAUAAUAACUUAUUUUGUUUAUUGUUUGAUAAGAAAGAUUUACAGGGUAUACAUUUGCCUAUGCUAAUGUAUAAUUGUGUAUCCUGCAAUCUGUUGUGUGCAAAAAAACAAAUACCUACUACUUUACACACAGUAAAGUUAGUAAGUACAUUUGUUUUGUUGAUUUUUUUAAAUUUUCUAAAUUCUUUUAAUUCCCGAAGCUAAAUAACACAUAAUUUAAUAGCAUCUGGAUUUAAGGUAUAAAAUAAUAUGUUUAAGACGUACGUUUUUUAAACAAUAGACAAUAUUGCUAACAAAAAAAUUCAAAAAAAAUCAGAAAUGAGACAGUUUUCCAUGAAAAAAUUGCCAUGAGUAAUUUCGCAAAGUGAUUAAAACAUAUUUUGUUAGUGUUGCUGAUGCAACUAAAAAGUUAUAUGUGUAUUAUUAUAUGUAUGUUAUCUCUAUGUGUAUUUGUAUUUUAAUUAUUGUAUUUUUAUUAUUUGUAUUAUUUAUUAUGUAUCUCUUGAAGUCUUUGAAUAUUGAAAAUCAUUAGACCAUUAUUAUGAAAAGAAAAGUUUUUAUGAAUGCAUGUGCAGUAGUAAAAAGUGUUUAGUAAGUAAUGAAAAUCGAAAAUACAUAUUUUUUAAAUUGAUAAUUAGGUCAAUUUGCAUCCAGCUAGGCUUUACAUAAAAGAAAUUUUAAACAAAUUUUUAAUUUUCUCCAAUUUUCUUUGUUAAAUUUUUAUAUAACUGCAUACACAUACUUCUAACAUUCCCAAUAAAUUAGGUUCUGUAGCUUUCUUAUUAAAAGUUAUGUUUGAAGUUAUGUAUGGUUUCGUAGUAAAAAAUAUGAUCUGUGAUCUGAUAAAUUCUUUUGUCACCAAACAUUAAAGUAUAUAUUAUAUCAAAUAAUUGUGUGACCCUUAAAUAUUAUGAUAAUUCAUUCUUCUAACUAUAAAAGAUCCCGUAAGUUUUGUUCAACGGGAAUCAAAAGAUCGAUUGAUUUAUUGGUAAUGCUCAAAAUAAAUACGAAUUUUAUUUGCGUAGUAUUUGCAGUAUUUUCUACUGAACACUACUAAACGCACUUGAUAUCGUCUAAUUUUUGUAUUUAAAACAAUUUUACUUUUAAAAUAUCCAAUUCUUGGAUUAAAAAAUUCGUUAAUAAGUAGUUUUUCUUUAGUUAUUCGUUCGAAUUCAUUGUAUUUAAUUUUUUUUUAUUUACUGUACUUUAAUGUUGUUUAAUUAAAUUUAAAAUAUAAGGUUUAAAAAGCACUAAUCUACAAGUUUUCGGUAAAAAAUAUAAGGGUUUAAUAUUAUUAAUAUCUGUACAUGUUGAAAUAUUUAAAUAGAAUAAUGUUAGUCUGUUUAUCUAUUAUUACCUUAGAUAUAGAUAAAAUAAAAUGAUGGCUCUACACUCUAUUGUUAUCCAAUGUUGUUAAAAUUCUGCAUGUCAUAGACAAGCUCUAUGUAAAUAGCUUAUUAACUGAUAGAUGUGUGAUGUUGUACAAAUUUUUUUUUUUUUUUGUUUUAAAUAGAUCUGUUUUCGCGUUUUGUUUGACACAUGUACAAAUGUAAUAAAUCAAAGUAGCAGCUA